GUCCCGUCCGCAGUCUGCCUCAGCACCUCAUACGGCCGCAAUGCCCUUGGAUACUGCCGACCCGCUCAUUUCCACAUCGCUCUGACUAACCGUACCCCUCAACGACAUACCCUGGAUUUUUACUUCUGGACUGUUGUGUACGCUGCCCUGAGUCCUCUGCGCUGCGUGAUGCGAAUGGAGAGGGUCCAAGGAUAACAGAGGGUGCAGGAUUUUGCUACUGCAGAAGACCUGCCGGUAGUUGGCUGCUGUCAGAGGCUGUGCUGUCGCAUCCACUAUUUUCAUGAUCUAAAAUCGCUUUGCAUGGAUACAUCAUGGCUACGUUUAUAUGCAGGGUGCAGUUCCUAGAUGAUACUGAUCCAUUUAACAGCACCAAUUUCCCCGAGCCCACCAGACCACCUCUGUACACUUUCAGGGAAGAUAUUCCACUGAUAAAUCAGAUUGCUGGAGUCCACAGGCUGCUUAAAGCCCCACAGAAGCCUGAUGACUGUUCCCUUCAGCUGUCCCAUAAUGGAAGCUACCUGGACUUGGAGUCUACCCUGGCAGAGCAGAAAGAUGAACUGGAGGGAUUUCAGGAGGAAGGAGGGAGGGGCAAGAAACACAGCAUUAUUCUUCGAACACAGCUAUCCGUCAGAGUUCAUGCCUGCAUUGAAAAACUCUACAACUCAACUGGCCGGGAGCUCCGGAGAGCCCUCUUUUCCCUCAAGCAGAUUUUUCAGGAUGACAAGGACCUAGUGCACGAGUUUGUGGUGGCAGAAGGACUCACGUGUUUGAUUAAAGUGGGAGCUGAAGCUGACCAGAACUACCAGAAUUACAUCCUCAGGGCUCUCGGUCAAAUAAUGCUGUAUGUGGAUGGGAUGAAUGGCCUCAUAUCUCACAAUGAAACGGUCCAGUGGCUUUACACCCUGGUCGGAUCCAAGUUCCGUCUGGUGGUGAAGACGGCCCUAAAGCUGCUGCUGGUGUUUGUGGAGUACACCGAGUCUAACGCCGCCCUUCUCAUAAAGGCUGUGAAUGUUGUGGAUUCCAAAAGAGGCAUAAAACUGUGGUCAAAUGUCAUGGAGAUCCUGGAUGAGAAGGAUGGAGUGGAUACAGAGCUGCUGGUGUAUGCAAUGACACUCAUAAAUAAGACUCUGGCAGGCCUCCCGGACCAGGACUCGUACUACGACAUGGUGGACUGUCUGGAGGAGAAGGGCAUCGAAGCCAUGGCCCAGAGACACCUGAGCAGGAAAGGCACUGACCUUGACCUCGUUGAACAGUUCAACAUUUACGAGAUGACUCUCCGCCAUGAGGAUGGAGACGAUGAAUCCCAGUUGCCUCCCAGCGGCCGCAAGGACCGUCGACGGGCCAGUGUUGGUGGUACCAACGAGAGGCGUGGCCUGGAGAGAAGACGCAGCCGGAGACACUCCCUCCAGAAUAGCAGAGGCCACGCUUCUGCCCCAGCAUCACCCUGCAGCCCUCAUGCAAGCAGCCUCCUGCCCUUUGGUGGCCAACGCGUUGAAGACAUCAGUGAAAGAGAAGAGGAAGAAGAGGAGGAAGAGGAGGGGGAAGGAGAGGAGGAGGAGGCAGAGGAGGAGGAGGAUGAGGAGGACGAGGAAGAGGCAGAUGAUGAAAGUCAUCCAGUCACUGAGUCCUCUAGACAGGGUGCUCACAGUGUGGCUCCAGCUGUAGCAGACACUCCUAACAUGUGUUUGAACUUAAAGUGUAUGGCCAACAUCCUCCCUAAAGCCAGUGACCCUGAAGGGCAGAGAAAAAAUCUCAGCGUCAUGACCAGAGCGUCUUCUCCUGUGUCCGUCGCACCUAAAAAGAGGACCUUUAGUCCUUGUUGUGUUCCUCCCAAGCCACCUGACUGUGCCUACUCCAUUGCUCUGAGUAGAGUGCCAGGCUCUGCACACCCUCAGUGUCGGUUUAUCCCAACUUCACCCAUAUUCCCUCCCCCUCCGUCCCCUGAAUUGAACCAGAGCCAGGUGUCUGGGGCCGAGGAGAGGGAGAAGGGCCAGGACAGAGAAAGGCACUACAGUCUGACAGACAUAAACAACUCUCCUACAUCUUACUCAGCUAGAAAGCCCUGCUGGGCUGAAAGAAUCAGUGCCAAUGGCACUCCAUACCCUGGCAGGCACCAGGUUCACACAUCACCCAUCCAUCGCUUCACUAGUUCAGCAACCUGCACACCAGAAUCCAAGCCGGUUGACAGACCUGGUUUAGGGGGCUUGCUGACUUCAUCAUACAGACAGCAUCAGGAAUCUCUGGCUGCAGAGAGAGAGAGGAGACGUGUGGAAAGAGAGGAGCGUCUGCAGAGAAUCGAAAGAGAAGAGAGGAACCGCUUCAAUCGAGAUUAUGUAGACAAGAGGGAAGAAGCAAAACACGCCAGAGACGAAAGAUACAAGGCUGUGGAGAGGCUAGCUACAGAGGAGUUUGAGCGGGAGCGCCCCAGAGUGCCAACAAGAGGACGGACAGAGAUCACUUUGUGUUUGAGUUCCAACCCUGCCAGCCGCUCAGUGUCCCGCUGUCCCACACCUUCGCCUAUUAUCUCACAGGAAGAGACCGUCGCCGCUGCACACCAGACGUCAGGAACAGAACAUAUCUCAGAGCCAAACCUUGACCCACAGACCAGGAGCAGAAGUCCAGCGCCAGAGUUAACGGUAUCAGAACCUUCCCCCACACCUCCCCCGGAACCAGACAAGCAGCGGACUGAGACAGAGUCGCCGGCAAAGAUAGAGGAUGUUGCUGAGACUCAGUCUGGCCAGAAUGUAGUGGCAGAGCCGGCAUCAGAUGAACAGUCAGGCAUGGAGAAAGAAGAGAGGCAAGAGCAGGAGAAGUUUGAGGAACAGAAACAGUGCACGGAUGAGGUAGCGGUGGAAGAGCAGGUAGAGGAAACGGAGGUAGCGGAGGUAGCAGACGUAGCAGACGUGGGCGAGCCAGAGGUGGAGGCGGAUGUUGAGUUAGCGGAGGAGUUUGAGAAGGAGCAGCCGACGGAAAGGGAUAUAGAAGACAGUGUACUGCUGAGUGAGAAGGAGAGACAGAACGAGGAAGUGAAUGAGAAGGACAACUGCUCCGCGUCCAGUAUCUCCUCUACAAGUAGCACUCUGGAGAGGGAGGAGCGGGAGGAGAAACUCACCAAUGACAUUGAAGCAGGCCAAUGGACCCAGUGCAUUAAAGACGCGGACGUGAACGACCAGUGCAACAAAAUACUCAACAGCAAGCGCUUCAUGCUGGACAUGCUCUACGCUCAGAAGACAGGCAGCAAGGAUGAAGGGAAUGUAGCGGAAACGGAAAAAGAAAACUGUAAAUGUGAGAAAGAGGCAGAGGUCAGUGACUCCUCUGUGGCCAGCUUGGCCAGCAGGAUCUCCACACUGGAGGCUCACAGACAGGCCAGAGAAGAAAAUGUGAAAAAAAUGGAGGUGGGACAUCUGGACAACCAGGGCAGUGUCCGAGCAGUGGCGGAGAAGUUUGGAGAUCUGGUCAAAGGCCUGACGUCCCCUCCUGAGGUUGAGGCCUCAAAAGAGCAGCAGCAGACGGACAAAUCAUCAACUGCUGCCUCAUCAACCUUACCCCCUAAGAAAGAGUCAGAUUAUAUCUGGGAUCAGCUGAUGGCCACACCCAGGGAACUGCGAAUCAAAGAAAUGGACUUCACAGACCUGAAGGAUGAGGAUGACGUAGGCAUUGUAGAUAUGGACACUGUGAUUGGGUCAGGUGACCUGACACCACCACCUCCCCCACCACUAUGCAAUGCUGCCCUGCCACCACCCCCGCCCCUGUUUGGGUGCCCCCCUCCUCCUCCCAUCCUUGGCAAAAUGAUGCCUCCACCCCCGCCAUUCAUGGCCCCUAUCCCUCCGCCCUCCCCUCAGCUAAGUCGAGGGGAGAUGCCUCUCUUCCAAAAGAAGAAGAAGACCAUCCGUCUCUUCUGGAACGAGGUGCGUCCCAUGGACUGGCAGUGCAAGAGUCAUAAAUUAUGUAAGGAGUCCCUCUGGUCCAAACUGGAGCCAAUUCAACUGGACACGUCCAAGCUGGAACAGCUGUUUGAGUCUAAGUCCAAGGAGCUGCCUGUCACAAAGAAAGCAGCUGUUGACGGCAAACGACAAGAAAUCAUAGUCCUGGAUUCAAAGCGCAGCAAUGCUAUAAACAUCGGCUUGACUGUCUUACCUCCUCCCCGCACCAUCAAGACCGCUAUCCUCAACUUUGAUGAGUACGCACUGAACAAGGAAGGGAUUGAGAAAAUCCUGACAAUGAUCCCGACAGAGGAGGAGAAGCAGAGGAUCCAGGAGGCUCAGUUGGUCAACCCAGAUAUUCCCCUAGGCAGUGCUGAACAGUUCCUUCUCACCCUCUCCUCCAUCACGGAGCUGUCUGCUCGCCUACAGCUGUGGGCAUUCAAGAUGGACUAUGAGCUUAUUGAGAAGGAAGUGGCAGAGCCCCUGCAAGACCUGAAGGAAGGGAUGGACCAGUUGGAGAAAAACAAGACACUCCGUUAUAUCUUGACCACGUUGCUAGCCAUAGGGAACUUUCUCAACAGCACUAAUGCUAAAGGCUUUGAGCUGAGUUACUUGGAGAAAGUCCCGGAGGUGAAGGACACGGUUCACAAGCAGUCCCUGCUGCACCACGCCUGCUCCAUCGUGGUCGAGAAGUUUCCAGACAGCACUGACCUGUACUCUGAGAUAGGAGCUAUCACCCGCUUGACCAAGGUGGACUUUGACCAGCUUCAAGACAAUCUGGCCCAGAUGGAGCGAAGGUGCAAAGCAUCAUGGGAUCACCUGAAGGUCAUUGCGAAACAUGAGAUGAAACCGGCAUUGAAACAAAAAAUGUCAGACUUCCUCAAAGACUGUGCAGAGAGAAUCAUUAUUUUGAAGAUUGUACACCGAAGAAUAAUCAACAGGUUUCAUGCCUUUCUGCUGUUCCUGGGCCAUCCGAUAUAUGCAGUACGUGAGGUCAGCAUUCAUCGGUUUAGCAAGAUCCUGAGUGAAUUUGCCCUGGAGUAUCGCACAACAAGAGAGCGCGUGCUACAACAGAAACAGAAGAGGGCCAACCACCGAGAGAGGAACAAGACCAGGGGAAAAAUGAUAACAGAUAGUGAGGAUGACGAUGAUAGUGAGAGUGGUAAAUUUGGCGGUGCCCCAUCAGACACACAGGAGAGCCAACCUCAGGGUAUCCAGUAUGCUGAAGAUGUAGCUGAACACGAGAACAUGAAGGCCGUACUAAAGAGUAGCCCGAAGGGUGGAGAUAGUGGGACAUCCACGGUGCCCGGCCUCCGUACUCGCACCAGAGCCAGCAGCACCAGAGGGCGUGUUCCCCCAUGGUGCUCUGCCAAUGACGACCCAGUGAACUGCACAGAUGAUACAGCAGAUGAGAUCAUGGAGAGGAUUGUUAGGUCAGCCACUCAGGGGCCCGGACAACGGACGCAACCUCGGGAGAGGAGACGAUCCCGAGCCAACCGUAAAUCAUUGAGGAGGACACUGAAGAACGGUUUGACAACAGAGGAGGCAAGCGCUCUUGGCUUGUCCAGCGGUUCAGAGGUGCAGGUGUGAGCUGGACAUAAAGACGUCUGGUCUGGAAGCCCUUUCACUGCCCCUCUGACGCUCAACCCAGCAACCCACUCCACUCUGGCUUGGCACUAACCCCCCUCCCCCCCAAAGCUUUGAUGAGUUGACCUCAUGUUUACAUGUUUGGUUUACAUCUGCUUGACAUAAGUGCUUCCUCAAGAGAGUGGAUAAAAGGCUGCACAAGACUUUAUCCAUGAACUGACGGGUGGAGAGAGCAAAAACGGAGCGCUGCGUUCAAACCACUAAGCUUUGCUAUUGCUGGAUAAACAUCAAUCAUCUACACUCACAAGGCUUAACCACAAUCAUCCUUCGAACGUGACAUUGCAUACAAACUCCUGCACAAAAAUGUGAGGUUUCUUUAAGGCUGGGGGCAUCAAAAGAGUUGUGUACGCUUCAGCCUCUGUGGCCUUGACUGAAUCCGAAGGGCAAGAAGUGUGGUACAGACACUUAACUCCUAAACAAAACCUUAGUGUCGGCCCUGCAGCUUUAGUGACAAAUUGAAUUGAAAGACAUCACAUCUAUUGAAUAGAUGGCUUUGUGCAGUGUUAUUCUGUUAUAUACUACUGUAGUAGGUUUGUGUUUCUUUUUAUUUUGCUGAAGAAGGUGCUCAAAUGAGGAAUAAUUGCACUGGAAGUAAAAGUUGGGUAUCAAUGGAAUGUGAAAUCCUUGACACUGAUGAACCACUCUGACAUCUGAAUCUGGAAAUAAACCCAAUACUUUAACCAGCAAAUAAAUAAACAGUAGCACAGUUUUUAAUGUCUUAUCAAAGUGGGCAGAUUCAUGGCAGAUGUACAUCUAAAGCUUUGUCAAAUGCCUUUUAGUUGACUGGAUGAGAAAGAAUUUAUCAGUGAAAGAAUUCUGUAAAGAUCAGUCAACAGUCCAGUUACUGUGGGUAAGACCGGUGAUACCACUAGUUUCAGACAAAUGGUCAUCACGCAAAACUUGUUAGCCUAACAAAGUUGCAUUACGUGACCUAUUCUCACAGUUGGGAACAGUUUGAGGAGGGCAGGCGCAGCGUUACAGGUGAGCGAUCUUCAUAGAGUUAACAUAGUUUUAUUUUACUAGAAACUAUGAGCUGCACAUUUCACAGUGCCUUUUAGAGUUAUUUAUUAAGAUGUUUUCAGGGACAUAUAAUCAAGAAAAUGUUACUACAGAUGUGCAGUCUGUGGGGGGGGAUAAUAUUGCAAUGUACAUCAUUCACGAGCUGUGAUUUAUUUUUAACCAGUGUUUUUUAACUUGUCCUGGCAAAAAGUUCUGUUUGUGUUCAAAUGGUUUGUUAUGAAGAUAGCUUUACGGUAUUUAUGACAUCUUAGGAAUUGGUUAUGCACAUUAGCUGUAUCCUGUUGGACGUGCAUUGUUCCACUCUAGACGAGAUCUAGGUAAAAUAUGAGUUAAAAAAAUAGACCAGGCCAAAUUAUGGUGUAGUUAAGCUGGCAUCACUGGAGAUCUUGGUUUGUCAUUCACAGGACAUAACAGGAGUAUUCCUUCACUCUCAACUAUGAAUGUCAACAUCAGGGGUUACAUUAUAAUUAGUAAUAUGGACGCACAUAGAAUCUCCAUUUUCUAUCUAUUUUAAAACAUGUAAAUCUGUAUUAAAGUGAACGAGGAAGCGGCCGCAGUUUAAUUUUCUGAUUACGUAGGUCUGUUACUGAACUAUCAAUGAGCUCAUUGUGCUAUUAAUGAAUUUGGAAUGGAAUUAAAUUUAUAACACACAUAACUUCAGUUUAUAUCAUGGCAAAGUAAAUGCAUCCACUUGCACGUUUUCACUGUGAUGGAAACAUAGCCAUCGAGAGAAACAAGAAUCUAGCGCAUGAUAAAGCUACAUAAAACCACACCAGCAGCAGUACAGGUUGUUUUUGCUUUGUUUAGAAUUUACUGAAAUCUAUUCAGCACCUUAGACUCAAUGUGUAGCAUGCAGCUUAUUAGUUAGGGGGGGUGUCUCAUUGUGUUUCCCAGAUUGUACUGAUUUCUGUCAAAACCAAGACAGAAUAGAAGUGUAAAGUAAUAUAGGAAUGGGAAUGCUGUAAAAUGAUGUACAUGUCAUGACAAUGUCUUUAUGUUCCUCUUCCGUGUUGUUUUUUUUGCUCCAUGUGUAGAAUAGUGUAUUAUAGACUAAAAGCAGUAUUAUUCUAAAUAUAAUUUAAAGUAAACCAAGCCAUGCAUGGUUUAAAAAGGUGUCACUUCUGCUUGUUACAGAGGGAGGUUCACUUUGGUUCUCAAAGCUGUGGGGUUUGUGCGUGUUAAUAAACCUUUUACUUCACAGACUGUAAGAGUGAACGAUUGUGGUCACACGCGCAAAUUCACCUGCUAGUCCUGUGAAAUCCCUUAGAAGCCUUUUGAUUUCAUUGCACUCAAGAUUUUCUUAUUUUAAUUUAACUUUAACCCCACCACAAACACAUCGCUGCCUGUGCCAUAACAUCGCUGUGGACUUGGUCACAAGUGCUAUAAAACCAAGGCUUCUAUUACGUCUAUGCCCACAGCAAAAUUAUGUAACAACUAUAAUAAAAAGGCUCAUUAAAACAUC